CGCCGCAACCUGAACCAGCAUGCAGCACUGUUGAAGCAGCUGAAACCGCGCAACAUGAGCGGCGAUGAGACCGACGGGCCCUCUAAGACGCACCUCCCGACUUGGAGCAUCGUGAUAUCUGAUUGGCAGUCUUUACCACUGCGCACGAUGCUAUGGCGCAUCGACGAGAUGGGGAUAGAGGACUGGUUGCACCCGAAGGGGACGCGUGCGACUCAAGGUAACCCGCCUCGCUUGCGAAUUCUCCGCGACGGCGGCAAGACGGAAGAUGGGAACGCUCCUUCUGGCCUGCACCGUAACUGCUACAACCCGGCAUGGCUGGAUACCCUUUGUCCGCAUCAGUUGCGAAACCUUCAGAUGAUCGACACAGAUUACGAUUUCUCCAUCUAG